CAGGAAGAAGCAGUCGAGCGCCGAUAAGAUCAGAGGUGGAACAUGGCUCUCUCCAGAGGUUUGAGAUGCUGUCAAAGGGUUUUCUCCUGGAUACCUGUCCUUAUAAUAACCUGCGUGGUGUUGUGGUCCUACUACGCCUACGUAUUUGAGCUAUGUCUCUUUACACUCACCAACACACUGGAAAAGGUGGCCUAUCUACUGGUCUUUCAUGUUUGCUUUGUGAUGUUCUCCUGGACCUACUGGAAGUCCAUAUUCACCCCUCCUGCAUCACCAUGCAAAAAGUUUCAGCUGUCGUACUCGGACAAGCAAAGGUACGAGAUGGAAGAGAGGCCAGAUGCUCAGAAGCAAAUCCUGGUUGAGAUCGCAAAGAAACUUCCCAUCUUUAGCCGAGCUCAAUCUGGAGCUAUCAGGUUCUGCGACCGCUGCCAGGUAUUGAAGCCCGACCGCUGUCACCACUGCUCGGUUUGUGAAACGUGUGUCUUGAAGAUGGACCACCACUGUCCCUGGGUGAACAACUGUGUGGGCUUUUCCAACUACAAGUUUUUCCUGCUUUUCCUCUUCUACUCCAUGCUCUACUGUGUAUUCAUUGCAGUGACAGUCUUUCAGUAUUUCCUCAAAUUCUGGGUGGGUGACUUGCCAAAUGGGCCCGCAAAGUUCCAUGUUCUCUUCCUCAUGUUUGUGGCGCUCAUGUUUUUCGUCAGUCUCAUGUUCCUCUUUGUCUACCACUGUUGGUUGGUGGCCAAGAACAGAUCCACUUUAGAGGCCUUCUCAGCUCCAGUUUUUGUCAAUGGACCAGACAGAAGCGGCUUCAACGUCGGCACACGCAGAAACCUGCAGCAGGUAUUUGGAGAGGAUCGGAGACUUUGGUUCGUGCCUGUUUUCACAAGCCAAGGGAAUGGCCACUACUUCCCCUUAAAGAAUCGCACUUCUGAGUCCCACAACUCCUUAUUAGCUAAUGAGGACAUGUGGGAGGAGUCGGAUGAUGGCUCUGAGGAAGGAAGCUUGGCUGAGGACCAAGACCCCUCUGUUACCAUAGAGAUGGAAGAAUAGUUAGUUUAUUUAAAGGGCAAUCUACACCCGAACGGAGGACCUGGAUUAACCUCUCACACACACACACACACACACAUAAUGUACCACGAGGCGAUGGACAGACGCUGGAAAAAAAACAAAAAACAUUCCCGAAGGGGGGGGUCAAGCUUGUGGAUUAAAACCGGUGAUUGGAUUGUUUGCCACUUUUUACAUAUAUUUUACACCAUGAUUAAUGGAGUAACUCGAGGGACAGCCAGUAGUUUCACCUCAUGUGACCCGGACAAAAGAAGUGUCAAAUCUGACCUUGCAUAGAAAAACACAAGCCACAACUAUGUACGUAUAUUUAUCCAUCCCUAUGGUUGUUCAUCUGAAGGCCUCCUUAUGAUUAUAUAUUACUGUUAAUUGAUUAGCUUUCCGUUUGGCACUUCAUACGCCUCUUUUUCAUGUGGGGCCGUGAGUUUCCGUGUUGCAGCUUGAACUAUCUGAGAAUCUGAGAAGGGCAGAAUCUAACGUGACCCCGGAGGGCUCCAGAGGUCUCUUGUAGGGAUUCGGUUUUGGGGUUUUACCUUUGGGUCUUACAGCAUAUUAUCAUAGCUAAGUACUUUACGUAUUUAUUUAUUAUUAACGACGAUAAGCAUUUUGUCAUACGUGACUUAACCUCCGCCUUAUUGAUGUAUUUAUUUCUAGUCUUUUGGGAAGCCAUUUCUUCUGAGAAUGUAAGAAACAGCCUGCUUGGGAAUUGAUGGUGUGCACAUUCUAGGCACUUUUAUAGGAAAGAACCUCUCGUAUUAUGCUUUAAUCAAGUAUUAUAGCAUUAAUAUCAAGUUUAACUGCUAUUACCUAAAUCUGAUCAGACUGGUGAAAGUAAUAAAACCAUCAGCAGCAUAUAUUUGUAGCUCUGGUUUGCAGCUACAGCUUAAACUAUUUGUUUAAAAAAUGAAUCCUGAAAUCUCCGCUGGAGAAUUACAGCAAACUCAAAGGUAAAAACAAACAUGUAUAGACUCGACACGUAAAUUAUAAUUGAUUAUUAUAUUAGAAGUGGGUCAGUUCUCCACCUGUAAAUUCUGUCUUAUGUUGCUGUGAUUGUUUCUAAGCAUUUGGGCAGCAGGCGUUUACCACUUAAACAGAACGUAGUGCGCAGCUUAAACGUGCAAAGAGCUGCAGAUCUGUGCUUCCGUUUGACCGAGAGCGGAGGUGACACACACACACACACACACACACACACACACACACACACGCAGACAACCUCCCGUGGAGGUGUGGGCGCGUUUGUUUGUGCUUUGCAAGAAUAAACGCAGUGAAACAAUUGGGAAAUCAUUUUUGACGGAGAGGCCAACUUGAAAUGGUGCAUAGUAUACCCUUUAAAUAUAUCAUUAACAAUUUGUUUGAGUCCUAUCCUGAAUAUACUGUAUUAUAUCAUAUUUUACAAAUUUGAAAUGAUCACAAUCUUGUUUUCUUCCUUAUACUAAAAGGUACAAAGUCAUUCAUAUCAGAGGAUGUAAGAUAGGUUAUUUUGUUUUUAAUUUUGAUAUUUUUAACCUGCAGAUAUAUAGAACAAUAUCUUUUUAGAUCUAUAACUAAUUCUCAUCCACUGGUUGGUAGAGGUCGGCGUUCUUCUGCAAUAUUGUUUUUUUUUUUCUACCUGUUUAUGUAUUGUGACUAUUUUUAAAUACCAAUGAGAUUCUUCUUGUUGAGUGUUUGAAGAAUUGUGUAUUUAUCCAGUGUACCAUGUAUUUAAUUGAGUACGAGUGUUAAUUUAGUACCAGUAAACAUUAAGGCCUUUUAUCAAACCUUAAUGCGGGUUAAUCUUGACACAUUGGCUUUAUUUGUCAGGUCUGUUUUUCUAAUAUGUUGGCAAAGCCAAAUCAAAUGCUGAUCAGGUCUGAGUAAUGCAUAACAUACAUAAUCAUAUUGCUUCAUUCAGUGUCAUUUUUUGGUUUGAAAGCAUGUAUAAAAUAUUAGAAAAGAUGUGAAUGUUGUGUUUCAUGUUGUCUUCAUGUAUUUAUGGCUUCUGUGUAUUAAGUUGGCUGAUUCUAAACUGCUGCCGGUGGUGUCUGUAUAUUUUUCUUCAAGUGAGACUUAAAAGCACAUUGCUUCAACAGUUUCUUUUAUCAGAUAAUAGGAUAUUUAUAGUCAUUUUGCGACAGCACAUACUGCAAAGACCAAUCAAAAGGGAUCAUAUUGUAUGUGAUUGUGGCGUCUCCCUUUUUCCAAAAGUACUGAUACGGUUUCAUUCUGUCUUUUAACAAAUAUAAAUUCUUUAUUUUUUUCACCAUGCAAAUAAAAUGAUCCAAGUUGAACUCUU